AUCUUUUCCCAUCUUUUUAUUCAGCGAGUUUUCUCCCUCAUUUUCCUCCCAGAGCAUACAUAAAAUACUCUAGAAUUAUUUUCAGGUCACCACACGUCCCAUCUCUCCCAUAAACAGCAUACCCUCGUGUUUUAAGGCCGACGCCAUCGUUUAACCAAAAGCAACUGCGUUUUUUUGCUAAAUUACUGCACGAUACUUUUUUUAUUUGCCACGAUAUCGGAAACGCUUAACGUGAAGCCUCAAUCGCGAGCCCUCGCGCCAUGAAGGUUUUUUCCUCAGACUGCACAUUCGAUUAUUCUUGGGACGAGGUGUCGACUGCGAACUGGCGCAAAUACUGCCCCUGGAAUGACAAGUCGACCCAUGUUGUCGCAGUUGAUACACUCUCUCGGACUGUGGACCCGGAGACAGGAAUUUUACGAACAGAACGCUUGAUCACUUGCAAUCAGUCGGUGCCACACUGGGUAUCCUCGUUGUUCGGAGGCAACCCUACAUCUCAUGUCUAUGAGAUUUCAUAUGUUGAUCCAGUCUCAAAAAAAGUCACAAUGUGCUCUUCAAACCUUACAUGGUCCAACGUUCUCAACGUCCAAGAAACUGUUGUCUACAAGCCUUCGCAACUGAAGCCAAGGACCACCACGGAAUUCAAACAAGAAGCCCAGAUAACUGCACUAUGCGGUGGAUGGCAGAAGAUCAAAAACAAAGUCGAAGAGGCCAGUAUCGAAAGAUUUAGCCAGAAUGCGAAGCUUGGUCGGGAGGGGUUUGAGGCCGUCCUUGAGAUGAGUCGUCGAGUGUUUGGUGAACAACAUGAAAAAGAAAAACAUAUGCAAUUAUGAUGCGUGAGUCCUUAUUAUGGGCUGCCAAGUCGAGUAGUUGCAUUUACCGGCGU